AUGGGCGGUGAAAAGGGUAUAUUAACUGUAUAUGAGUACAUUUCUAAUGGAACUGUUGCUGAUCAUCUUCAUGGUGGAAGAGCCAAACCAAGAAACUUCCCUUGGCAUAUUAGAAUGAACAUUGCUGUGGAGGCAAGUGCAUUGAAAUGUCUUCAUGUUUCUAAUAUCAUCCAUAGAGAUGUGAAAACCCACAACAUACUUCUUGAUGAUCAAUUUUGUGUCAAAGUAGCUGAUUUUGGACUCUCACGCCUUUUUCCAAACCUUGUCACCCACAUCUCAACAGCUCCACAAGGAACUCCAGGUUAUGUGGAUCCAGAAUACCAUGAGUGCUACCAGCUUACUAUCAAAAGUGAUGUUUAUAGGUUUGGAACGGUACCAAUUGAGCUGAUAUCAUCGUUGCCCCAAGUUGAUAUGACAAGACAUGGGCAUGAAAUUAAUUUGGCAAUCAACAAGGUGAAAUAUAUUUGCAAGUUUAAAAGUAGAUGA